AUGCGAGAAGACGAAGAAAGAAGAACGCUACUCAAUGAUAAAAAAACCUCAUAUAUUAAUAAUGACCAUCAUCAACAUCAUUCAUCUCGUCUUGAGUGGGCAGAAUCAUCUUGGACUCGAUUUUUAUAUGUACUUUGUUGGUGGUGGAUGAAACCAUUGCUUUAUGUUGCAUAUAAACGAUCAUUGACAGUAGAUGACCUGGAUGAUAUACCUCAUGUUGAUAAAGCUAUGUUAUUAUUAGAUAGACUAUCUGCUUAUGACUGGUCAUUAACAACAACAUGGAAUAUUGUUUGGAAAGAGUUUGGAAAAGAAUACAUAUUUGCCAGUCUAUUUUUAAUUCCUUACUUGAUCACAUGUAUCGCUCAACCAUUACUUUUUCGUCAAAUUCUUUUGAAUAUAAUGAAUGAAAAAGGAUCGCAUACUGUUAGCUAUAUGUAUGCCAUAUCAUUGUUUAUUUCUAUAAUUCUACAAGCACUCAUGCAUCGACAAAAUAUUUUUCGUGCAGCUCGUGUUGGUAUACGAAUUUUGAAUGCACUUACUAUGAUGAUUUACAUACGUGUAUUGUCUCUAAAGUCGACAUCAUUGAAAGAUAUGAACAUAGGUCAAAUUAUGAACUUAGUUGCUAAUGAUGUAUCUAAAUUUGAAGAAUUGUGCUCAUAUUUGGGCUAUCUUGUUGAAGGAGUUCUCGAGACUAUCAUCAUAUUUGGAUUACUUUGCUGGAUCAUGCAACCUAUACCAACAUUAUGUGGCUUUGCUUUAUUGCCUAUAUUUAUUCUUAUCCAGCUGUAUUUUGGUCGAAAAUUUGCUCAAUAUUAUGAAGCAACAGUUGUAUGUAGUGAUAAACGUAUACAGGCAUUUAGUGAGUUCAUUCAUGGAUGUCAUAUUGUUAAAAUGUACAACUGGGAGAAACCAUUAGGGGAUCGUAUAGUUCAAAUGCGAGAACAUGAAUUAGCAAGUAUUCGACGUGCAUCAUACUUUCAUGCACUAAAUGUAACUCUAUUUUUUACCUCUACAUCACUUUUUGCACUCGUCACGUUCGGCAGUGCCUGGCUUUUAGGCUAUCCAUUGGAUAUAGCUAAUACUUUUCCAGCUCUUUCAUUUUUUUCCUUAAUGCGAGUCAAUUUUAUGUAUUAUCUACCACUGGCAUUGGAGAAGAUAAGUGUGGCCAAAUCUGCAUCAAGAAGAAUAGACUUAUUUAUGCGUCUUGCCAUGAAACAAGACAAUCAUUCUUCAUUAUCUGCGUCUUUAAUCAAUGAGCAACAAAAAGGAAAAAUAAUGAUUUCUAAUGCAUCUUUUUCGUGGCAUAACGACAUGCCUUGUCUAUCAUUGUCUGAUCUGACUAUUGAACAAGGUACAUUUGUGGGAAUUGUAGGACCAGUGGGCUCUGGUAAAUCAUCUUUAUUUGCUGCUAUUCUUGGCGAAAUGAAUCUUACCGAUGGUCAAAUAAAUACAAAUAAUAGUUCAUUUUCUUUUGCUGCUCAAUUACCAUGGAUAUUUGAAGAUACAUUUCGUAAUAAUAUUCUUUUAAAUCGACCAUUUGAUCAACAACGAUAUAGAAAUGUUCUACAUGCUUGUUGUCUUGAUGAUGAUAUUAGUGUAUUUGGAUCUCGUGAUGAUCUUAUAAUGAUUGGAGAAAAUGGAAUUAAUUUAAGCGGUGGACAAAAAGCAAGAGUAUCAUUAGCUCGUGCCUUAUAUACUGAUGUAGACAUUUAUCUACUUGAUGAUCCAUUAUCUGCUGUUGAUCAUAAAAUAGCUAAACAAAUAUAUGAAAAAUGUAUUGGUCCAUAUGGAUUGUUAAAAAAUAAAACUCGUCUAUUAGCUACUCAUCAAACUCAAUUUCUUAGUGAAUCACAUCAAAUAAUAUAUCUUUCCUAUGGUCAUAUUGAUAAACAAAGCUAUUUGAAUGAAUAUAGUAUUAGAGAAAAUGAUACAAAUAGAAAUGAAAAAUCAAAAUUAUCCAGUCUAUUUGAUGAUCAUAAAUCGAUGGAUGACAAUCAAUCGAUCAUAGUUGAUGAAAAACCACUAAAUGAUGGUGCCAGUUGGCAUAUUUGGUAUCAUUUCUUUACUGCACCACCAUUUGGUAGAAUUGGCUUAUGCUUACUUAUUGUUGUGUUUUUGUUGGGUGAAGCAUUAAAUAAUGCUGCUAACUACUGGCUGAACAUAUGUUUGAAACAAUCUGGUGAAGAUCAACCAAUUUCAACGAAAUCUGUUUGCAUUUAUUUUGUAAAUGUUCGUGAUCAUAACAAAUCGCCAGCAGCUGCACUCAGUUUAACAUAUGCAAUGUAUGUAGCAUUAAUGUUCAGUUGGACCGUUCGACAGUUGUCCGAAGCUAAUAUGAUGAUGAUAAGUGGUGAACGCAUCGAUGAGUAUUCGAAUUUACCACGUGAAGAUGAUGAAGGAAGCUACAAAGGUCUUGUACAAACUUCACCAAAAUGGCCAGCUCAUGGAAAAAUUCAAUUUAGCAAUUAUUCAUUACGUCAUCGAUUGAACUUACAAUAUGCAAUUAGAAAUAUUGAUUUGAACAUAGAGGCUGGUCAGAAGAUUGGCAUCAUUGGUCGAACUGGUGCUGGAAAAUCAUCACUCUUCAAAGGCAUCCUUCGCUUUGUUAAUCGAUCAUGUGUUGAUGGUAAAAUUUUCAUUGAUGGUGUUGACAUAAGUCGCAUCACACUUUAUCAUCUUCGAUCUCAUCUGAGUGUUAUUCCUCAACAACCUAUCUUAUUUAAUGGAACCCUUCGAUACAAUCUUGAUCCAUUCAAUAGUUAUUCUGACGAACAAUGUUGGAUGGCACUUGAAGAUGUUCAACUUAAACAGUUUGUGAGCAAUCAUUCAGCAGGUCUUCUAAUGUCUAUUAGUGAAUCAGGUAAAACGUUGAGUGUUGGUCAAUGUCAAUUGAUAUGCAUUGCAAGAGCCAUCUUGAAGAAAAGUAAAAUAGUAUUGAUCGAUGAAGCAACAGCUAAUGUCGAUCAGAAAACAGAUGAUCUGAUUCAAACAGUACUUAAAGAUAAAUUUCAAGAUCGAACUGUUCUGACAAUUGCUCAUCGACUCAAUACAGUGGCAAAAUACGAUCGUAUUCUUGUGUUGGACACAGGAAUGAUAGUCAACUUUGAUACUCCUACCAAUAUUUUACAUUCUUAUUGUUGA